CACACUCCAUCGCCCCCGAGUGCGCCUCGUGGAGCGGACGUUGCGUGCGUUUCGGGCGCCUGUUUCCCGAGCUGCCGUGGGACUCUACCCCGUGCUUCACGUGGUCAGGACCGCCAUUGGAACUCAGCUGAAGGCUUUGCAGGCCCGAGGGUGUACGAUUUCUGUGAUGCUUGUGCAGUGGCGCUGUCGGUGUCGAUCCAUUUGAAGUUCACCGUUCCCAGAAUGUCAUUCUGAUUCAGAUUGGAGGUCGAGAGAUCUUGCAUCUGUCCACAAGGGUUCACUUUAUCUUCGUCUGGGAUGGUAGCAGGGUCUCUUAUCGAACUGCGCUUCUUCCACCGCGAACUUCCAUGUGCCUGCGCUCCCUUGUACGGUCUCUUCCUCCACGCAUGUUCGUUUCCAACACUGGUCUGAGAGCCUCUCAGGGCAUAUCCAGGCCAUACACUCCAACGACCGGCGACGAGACCAAAGGAUCUUUCGAUUUGGUCGUGAAGGUCUACCCUAAUGGAAUCGUGAGCCAAUAUCUGAACUCCGUCGAGGUUGGCGACUCCGUUGAGAUAUCGGGGCCCCAGGGCGAGAUAACAUAUAAGGAACCGGGCUUUUUAUCCAAGCUGUGGGCGGGCUUCACCGCCCUGCUCGGGCGCAAGAACGUGGACCCUGCGGCCGACGCCUUCGACCUCGAGGCGCUUUCUGCCUCUGACAAGGAGGCUGUGAUAGCCGCUGCGGCGCGCGAAUCGGUGACGGAGGAGGAGGCGUGGCACGUAGUGCAGUCCCUCCGUGGCCUGGAGGAGAAGGAGGUGGUCGCGAGCGUUGGAGCUGCGGGAGCGGCAAAGUUGCGCCGGCUCUCGCAGGUGGUAGGGUCGUCUGCGAUAUUCGAUCCGCUGUCCUCGUGGCUCGUUCUUUCUAUGUUGGCCUGCCUAGUGCUGACUCAAGGACACCACGGAAGGGCGCAGUGCCUCAUCUUUCGCUUCUUUAUGCCGGCGGGGCUCUUCUUCAGCUUCACAUCGAUGGUGGGCAGUCUUCGCUCUGCGGGGCAUGUAGAGAUCAGGAACACGCAUCAGACCAAGACCUCGCAGGCGAUCAUCACCAAGGUCCGCAUACAAUUGGCCAUGCUGGUCCUCAUGAGCGCCUAUAACUGCGUAGCCUUGUACUACAUUGACGAGACGGCCUUUGGCGUCGUCGACGCCGCCGAGCUCGACCGGGUAGUAGUGGUAUUUGCCACUCUAUUCGCGUGGUACCAGUUCACGGUGACCUCCGGCGCUCCCGGCCCCGCCGACCUGGGGCUCGCAGCCGUGGCUCGCGCUGCCACUUCGGAGACCUGCCCGGAGGCCUUCAUCAACGGCACCACGAACCAGACGGCGUUGGACAGCUGCGAGCUUCACGUCUUUGAGAGCUGGUGGGCCGCGCCGCUACUGAUCCUCCUUUGGUUCAUCACGAUCGUCCCUUUGCUCGAUAUACUUUUUGAUUUUUCAGAGCUCGCGCCAGUUCUCGAUGCGAGAAAGUCGUGGAGGUUCGCCUGGUACCUCGGGGAUGAAAACCCCUCGAGGAGGCGUAACCUCGCCAACGAGUCGAUAGCGCAACAUCUCGAGGCAGAGUUUCGAGUUGAACAGUCGAGCGACACCUUGGGGCAAUUGGCGACGCUCUUCGCCUCGCUCAGCGGGGCCGCGUCAGCCCAGGAGAGGUGGCGCCUUCGCGGCGGCCUUUCGUUCACCAGAGCGGUAUAUGCAGCAUAUUGGGAAACCGUGUGGAAUGCACGAGGAAAUGCCGCCUGCUGGGAGACUGGCAACCAGAAUCGGGAGGAUCGUAAGCGUGAGCAAGGUACCCUGGUCCAAUCGGCAAAGGAUCCGAUAUCCUAUGCCCGUCGCAUAUCCACAAAGCAGGGAUUAUGGGCAGUGCGGCACUCGGAGGGCAGCGUGUCGUUCUCCAUCGGCCUGUCCGCCUUGCGCGACAACGCGAAGUCGGCGGCCACGGGGGUGUUGGCCCGGAAAUGCACCUCCAACUUCUUCACCUCAAAAGUUGAGGCCAACGCGCGCACUAUCGGUGCUGGCUCGCUCAUCCCGCGCGCGCAUCAUAUCGAGCAGCGCAUCAUUGAGGGCCAAUUUCCUCAAAUCCCGUUCAAGUCCGCAGAGGGAGCCCUGCGCGCCAAAAUCGUCAAGAUGUCGUCCAUCGAGACUCGCUACAAGGAGUCCCUGCGAGAGGAGCUCCCCGACGCGGCGGUGAGUGAGAUUGUGCGCGAGCCAGAAUUCAUUCUGGGCACUGCAAACGGCAUUGAGAGCGACCAGCGCGUAGCCGUGACCGCGGAUGAGAUGCGCAAGUUCUUCUUCCCUGGCCUCCUUGUCGAUAUGACGACGGAAGAAGCAGCCCGCAUGGGCGUGACAAGGGCCAGGACGGUCGCAGGCAGGCCCAUGCGGAUCGUUCCCGAGGCGUCGAUUCGCAUGCACGGCGAAGGGAGCGCGGUGCUCAACUACAUCCUGGAGGAGGACGCGGGCCAGGACGGCGGGAUGGGGCACUGCAUUCGCGUGGUGACGCAGUACGGUCUCGACCAGAACCAUUGCGUGAGCAACCAGACGGCUUCCUACGACGUCAAUCCGCUGGAGCCGAUCGGGGCCGAGCAUCUCGGGAAGAGGGUUCUGGUGGACACGCCCUGUCCGGAUGUGGACUUUGUCGCGGUGCGCAUCCCCCGGCCGACGGCUCCGAAUGCGAAGGCGAAGAGCAGGGCCCGCGCUAAGGUAGCGGCGGCGCCCCCGGACCCUACUACAAGCAGGUUUGGCCCGGCAGGCCGCUUCGGCAUCACUACCCAUGGCUCAACGACAUAA